GUUACCUUGGCGACCUCGGCCAGAGGGACAGUUGUAGAGGCCUCAGGCUGCCGCCUUUCUAUGCCCCGCCCUCCCAUUGGUUUAGCUCCGCCCCUUUCUAGGGGUUGAAAAAGGACACCGACACCGACGCGGUUGCCUAGCGAUACUCUCUUCCCAGGAUGCCUAGGGUGUUGUGUUUCUUUUGGCCAAUCAGAGAGGAGCAGCGCCUCACUGCGGGCCAAUAGACUGCGGGGCCAGGGCCCGCGACGGUUAAACGGGGCUGGACGCUGGGCGUCCGGGCAGCGGGCUCGCAGGAGGGUCUGGGUCGGUGAAUGCAGCUCCGGGCUGCAGCGCGACCUGCGGGAAUCCCGCGGCGGGCCUGGCCAUGCCGACUCGGGCGGAGGACUAUGAGGUGCUGUACACCAUUGGCACGGGCUCCUACGGCCGCUGCCAGAAGAUCCGGAGGAAGAGCGACGGCAAGUUGUUAGUUUGGAAAGAGCUUGACUAUGGCUCCAUGACAGAAGCCGAGAAACAAAUGCUCGUUUCUGAAGUGAAUUUGCUUCGUGAACUGAAACAUCCAAACAUCGUCCGUUACUAUGACCGAAUUAUUGACCGAACCAACACAACACUGUACAUUGUAAUGGAAUACUGCGAAGGAGGGGACCUGGCUAGUGUAAUUACAAAGGGAACCAAGGACAGACAGUACUUAGAUGAAGAGUUUGUUCUUCGAGUGAUGACCCAGCUGACCCUGGCCCUGAAGGAAUGUCACAGACGAAGCGAUGGUGGUCAUACUGUGCUGCAUCGGGAUCUGAAACCAGCCAAUGUUUUCCUGGAUGGCAAGCAAAAUGUUAAGCUUGGCGACUUUGGGUUAGCCAGAAUUUUAAACCAUGAUACGAGUUUUGCGAAAACAUUUGUUGGCACGCCUUAUUACAUGUCUCCUGAACAAAUGAGUCGCAUGUCCUACAAUGAGAAAUCAGAUAUCUGGUCACUAGGUUGUUUGCUCUAUGAACUGUGUGCAUUAAUGCCUCCAUUCACAGCUUUCAACCAGAAAGAACUAGCUGGAAAGAUCAGAGAAGGCAAAUUCAGGCGAAUUCCUUAUCGUUACUCUGAUGAAUUGAAUGACAUUAUUACGAGGAUGUUAAAUUUAAAGGAUUACUACCGCCCUUCUGUUGAAGAAAUUCUGGAGAAUCCUUUAAUAGCAGACUUGGUUGCGGAAGAGCAGAGGAGAAAUCCGGAGAGAAAGGGGCGACGAUUAGGAGAACCAGAGAAGCUGCAGGAGUCCAGCCCUGUGCUGAGUGAGCUGAAACUAAAGGAAAUACAGUUACAGGAGCGAGAGUGGGCCCUCAAAGCAAGGGAAGAAAGGCUGGAGCAGAAGGAGCGUGAGCUUUGUGUUCGCGAGCGGCUGGCGGAGGACAAGCUGGCUCGAGCGGAGACUCUGGUGAGGAACCACAGCCUGCUGCAGGGGCGCGCGGUGCGGCCUCCGGCGGGCGGCCCAGAACAUUUUGAUCUUCCAUCCUCGGUAAUUAAGAAGAAAGUUCAUUUUGGUGGGGAAAGUAAAGAAAACGUCCCGAGUGAGAAUUCUGAGGGUCAGCUCACCUCCAAAUCCAUGUGCAAAGACCUGAAAAAGAGGCUUCACGCUGCGCAGCUGCGGGCCCAAGCCCUGUCAGACAUGGAAAAAAAUUACCAGCUGAAAAGCAGACAGAUUCUGGGCAUGCGGUAGCCUCGCAGAGACGCGGGACUGGGUGUAGUUUUUAGUUCUGCCGGCCCUUUAAAGAUUGCUGUUCAGCUGCUGUGGCUUGAUAUGCUGGCUUCCAUGAGCCAUGCCUUUUUGUAUAGCAAGAGUGAUAUUUUGGAACUGCUUUUGUUGUUCUUCAGCAACAAUUGUGCAUGUGUCCACACCCUUCAUUUUUCUUUCUUUUUUUAAAGAACACUUUAUAGGAUGACACUUUCUUGGUUGUUUGGGCUUUUAAUUCUGUGUGUGAUUACUACUGGAACAUUAAGUGUUACACUCUAAAUACUGGAGAAAAAUAAUGUUACGAAAAAAAUAUUCACCCAGGAGUAGCAUUGACUGAGAAGUUUUAAAUGAGUGAUGUGCUUAACAAUGGCCAGAUCUAGAUUUCAAGUUUAAGUCUGAGGUUUUUAAUGUUCUUGAGCUUAGAAAAUGUAGCAGGAUGCAGACCGGUCGUGAAUACCUUGACCUCUUGCUUAGAAAUCUCCUAUUGCUCUAGGGCAAAUCUCCCCUUUGGUGGAAAUCCAUCAUUGUGAUGUCUAUGUCUAUAUUCUUUUUUCCCUUCUUAUUGUAUUUAACUGUAUAUAAGCUGGCUGUUGUUUACCAUCUCUUUCUCACGAAAUAAAAGAAUGCUUUAGUUUUCCUGUGCUUAUGUCUCUUGGAUUUGCUGAUCUUAGUUGGAGGGAUUCUGCAUUUGUGAUUCACAGCAUUAGAGGGAAGGGAAGCAAUGGUGGAUCUGUUGCUCAUGGCCCUUUAUUCCCAUGUCGCUCACCCGUGUAGGCUAGUGGUCCUUAACCAGGAUAGUUGUGCCCCCCCGCCCCACCACCCAGGAUAGAAGCAGUAUCUGGAGACUGGAGGGGAUGAGGCGUGGGGAGGGUACUUCUGGCAUCCAGGGGUGGAGGCCAGGAGUGCUGCCUGUCAUCUACAGCGCACAGGGCAGCUCCCGCAGCAAAACGCCACUGGAGAAACCCGAUCUAAGCUAAAACUUGUCAGAACAUGCCCUGUCUGGAAGGAAACUGAUUUGGGGUUCUAUGGGUUGUUUGUAACAUGUGUCUGACUUUGAAUAGGAAUUAGUCCCUGCUGUGCCCAUCACAUUUUUCAUGUGAUGUUUUCCUAGCAGUGCUAUUCUUUUCAGCUUAAUGAAAUGAGACCAAGUUAGGAAGGGGUAAUAAUACAUGGGAAGAGAUCGCUCCUUUAUUAGCUAUUACAGGUUUAGUAUGUAGUUGGUAAUGUAGUUCCAUCCAAGAAAAAUGACAUUGAAACACAGUCAGAAGCUGAUUGUAGCAUACCUGUGAUUAAUCCUAACAGGGCCUCUUGGACAUAAAUGUUGAGUAUAAUUUGCAGGGCCCAGAGCAAAACAGAAAUUUCAGGCUCCUUGCUCAAAAAGCAUAAAACAUUAAAGGUAGACACAAAAGCCUUGUCCUUUCUUCCAAGUUCUCUGUUUAUUGCAGUGUGGUUUGCUAUUUAAUGUCCUAAGCAAGAGAAAAAAUUGUAAAUUA